AUGGCCCCGGAGAAUCAAGUGCCGAAUCCACCCAAGCGACGCAAAGUUGAGCCAGGGCCCGUUGCUUCGUCCCCUCCGGUGAAGCAUGGACAGCGCCGAGGCGACCAGGACGCAGCAGCACUGCUCAAGUCUCGCCGGCAGCUCCCGAUAUGGCAGUACCGCUCGGAAAUCCAAACGUUCCUCCGCAGCCCCGAAACCGAUGUUCUCGUGCUGGUCGGCGAGACGGGCUCGGGCAAGAGCACCCAGGUUCCCCAGUUUCUCUACCAGGAGCCUUGGUGUCGACCGCGCAGAGUCAAGGCGCCGGGGCGCGCGCACGACGAGGAGAGCAUGUCCGUCGGCGGCAACGUUGCCAUAACGCAGCCCAGGCGUAUCGCCGCAACCACCCUGGCGCACCGGGUCGCCCAGGAAGUGGGAACCCCCCUCGACCGAGGUGCGUCCAGGGGCCUCGUCGGGUACUCUGUCCGGUUCGACCGCAGGGUCCCCAAGGGCUGCAGGAUCAAGUUCCUCACAGAGGGGACCCUGCUCCAGGAGCUCCUUGGCGAUCCGUACCUGCGGCAGUACAGCGCCGUCAUCGUCGACGAGAUUCACCAACGGAGCGUCGACGUGGAUCUUGUGGUCGGCUUUCUGAAGCAGAUUCUGUCUGACGGGGGCAAGAUGCGUGGCGGGGUGCCUCUCAAGGUCGUCAUCAUGAGCGCGACAGCAGAGAUUGACGCCAUCAGGUCGUUCUUCAACACGGGGCCGCCGAGACCCGGCCCGGGCUCCGACAGAGUCCAGGUGCUUCAUGUCAAGGGACGCCAGUUCCCCGUCGAAAUCGUGCACGAACCCAAGCCCGUCGCCGAUAUCCAGGACGCCAUUGUCAAGACGAUAUUCAGGAUACACGUCCAGGAGCCUCUGCCCGGCGACAUACUCGCGUUUUUCGUCGGCCAGGAGCAGAUUGAGGCGGCGCAAAAUCUCAUCGAGGAGUACGCGGCUACGCUGGCGUCCAACGUGCCAAAGGUCCAGGUCUUGCCGCUGUACGGGCAGCUGUCCGCCGAGGGCCAGCACAAGGUGUUUCUCCCCGUCUCGGCCAAGCUGACGCGAAAGAUUGUCCUGGCCACCAACAUUGCCGAAACGUCCGUCACAGUCCCCGGCGUGCGAUACGUCAUUGACUGCGGCAAGGCCAAGAUCAAGCAGUAUCUGCCGACGCUCAGCAUGGAGACGCUCCUGGCCAAGCCAAUCUCCAAGUCGUCCGCGAUCCAGCGGGCCGGCCGAGCCGGCCGCGAGGGGCCGGGCAAAUGCUUCCGGCUGUACACGCAGGGCUCCUUCGACACCUUGCAGACGGCGGACCUGGCCGAAAUCCUCCGCACCGACGUCGUCAGCGCCGUCCUGACCAUGAAGGCUCGCGGCAUCGCCGACGUGCUGGCGUUCCCGCUCAUCGACCCGCCGAAGCUGGAGGCCAUGGAAAAGGCCAGCUUCCAGCUGCACCUCUACCGCGCCAUCGACGACGACGGCUCCAUCACGCCGGCCGGGAGGAAGAUGGCCCGGCUGCCCGUGCCCGCCGCCCUCGGCGCCGUCCUGCUGGCAGCCGCAAGCCGCGAGUACGACUGCAUCCUCGAGGUCAUCGACAUCAUCUCCUGCAUCACAUGCGGCGAAGACGUCUUUCUCCAGGUCCGGUCCGAGGAGGAGCAGCAAGAGGUCCAGGAGGCGCGGAGGCAGCUUCAGCGACGGGAAGGCGACCUGCUGACGUACCUCGCGACGAUGCAGCAGUACGCAGCCGAGAACGCCGACCGCAUCCAGUGGUGCAAGAAGAGGAGGAUGAACGUCAGGAACAUGAAGCAGGCCAUGCACAUCCGACGGCAGCUCCGCCGGGUGUGCCUCGAGGAGGAGCUGCUGCGCGACGCGCCCGAGCCGGACCCCCAGCCGUUCACGCCGGCGAGCCCCGAGAGGGCCGAGACGAUUCUGAAAUGCUUCCUCCGAGGCUACUGCUACAAGACGGCGUUUCUGGUGGAAAACGGGAGCUACGAGUGUGUCGAGGGCGUCGGGGGCCGACGAGCCAUUGCCAUCCAUCCGGCAAGCGUCCUCCACGGGCAGAAGAAGGAGGCCAUCAUGUUUCUGGACCACGUCUACACCACCAAGAACUAUGCCAAGAGGGUCAGCGCCAUUCGCGGCGAGUGGAUAGUCGAGGCAGCCAAAGUAGCAGAAGCAGACUAG